AAUGAAGCGCUUCGCAAACGAUAAAGGGCUAAGAGGGCGCCGGCUGUGGUCUGUGAUGAUGUCAGCAGGCGGCGGCCCCAGACCGUUCCCCGUCCACAGACAGCAAUGUCGCAGCUCCUCAGUCCCCAAAUCCAGAGCUCCCACACACCUCCAUCCUGCCCUGCUUCGGAGAAGGGAGGCUCCGCCCCCAAGAUCGGCCUAUCGGAGCGCCGAGCCGGAGCGGCCCUUUGCCGAUUGGCUAUCAAUAAACCCAAUAGGAUCGAGGAACUCGUGUCACGGGGUCCGAUCACGGCCUCCGCUGGAUAUCUGGAACCAAUUAGAAAUGAGUUUCAGGGUCAGGUCGUUCCUCGGCAGAGAGGCAUUGGCCAAUCGGACAGCGAGGACUAGCGGUGGUGAGGUUGGUGGAGUGACCCCGGGAGCUCUACGGGACCCGAGGAGGGUCAGGCUCAACGCGAUGGCUCUAUGGAAUAGGGUUGGCCGAAUGGGCCUCGGCCUAGGCCUGGGCCUGGACGUGAGCGUAACCCGUCUCGUUUGCGCGCGGGGGUUGCGGUGUUCCCUCAGGCAAAACCGCGAAUCCCAGGGAGGAGAUGGCGCUGAAAGGCCACAGUCUUCGUCAGGGACCCCACGGCUGCCCAAGAUCUACACCAGGACGGGGGACCAAGGUUUUUCCAGCACUUUCACUGGGGAAAGGAGACUUAAGGAUGACCAAGUGUUUGAGGCCUUGGGGACAACCGACGAAUUAAGCUCCGCUAUUGGGUUUGCCAUAGAAAUCAUGAAGGAAAAAGGGCAUACGUUUGUGGACGAACUUGAGAAAGUCCAGUGCAGGCUGCAGGACGCGGGCUCCGCCAUCGCAACGCCGCUGUCGUCGGCCCGGGAGGCGCACUUGAAGCGCACGGCCUUCAGCGAAGAAGCCAUCCUGGACCUGGAGCGCUGGAUCGACGCCUACGCCAGCCGCCUCCCUGCCCUCACGGCCUUCAUCCUGCCGUCAGGAGGCCAGAGCAGCGCGGUCCUGCAUUUGUGCCGAGCCGUGUGCCGCCGGGCCGAGAGAUGUGUGGUCCCACUUGUCCAGGCCGGGCAGACGGACGCAAACGUGGCCAAGUUCUUGAACAGACUCAGUGACUAUCUCUUCACUUUGGCCCGAUACACAGCCAUGAAGGAGGGGAAGGAAGAGAAGAUCUACCGAAGACCGGACCCCCAACCCUGAGAUGGGGGCGCAGUGCCCUCCCCCAGCCCAGCAGGGGGGACAAGGAGUUAGCGUGCGGAGCGUCCAGAGCCGGGACUGUGCCUGCUGGACCCCGGCCUGCCUCCCUCACCUCGCCCCCACUUGUGGCUUGGCCCCCACGUCAGGGUCAGCCUCUGAAGACAGAGUGGGGGACGCUUGGAGCCGGCACCAAAGGGGGCCCAAGGGCGCUGAGCGCGUGUCUAGUUCCUCCCUCCAGGACUCAGCAGAGCACUUGAGCCCCUCCACAACGUGUGUGAUUUACCUGCACCAGAGGGGCCUUAAAUGUCCCAUCCAUAAAGGGAAAGCCAGCGGGGCUCUGCGUUGUGGUCGCCUCCAAGCUAUCCAUCACCCGCGAAGCGGGAGGAUGGGGCCGAGCAGAUUUACGGGCCGGGGCUGCUAACAAAUACCGGCCCCCUCGGCCCACGUGUCAGGGCGGGGGAGGGGGCAGCUCAUGGUUCUGGCCCAGCCACUCUGAGUCCGAAGGCCCACGAAGAGCUAGACCCCGGUUCUGGGGAGUCAGACCUUGGGAAAGGGAGCACAGCACCCCUGGGCCCGCCAGGCCUCCAGGUCGGGCCCAUGGUUACACCCUUGGCCUCCUUCCUCCCCAGAAAGCCCAUGAUGCUAGGGGUCUCCCCCACAGCUUACAGUUCUCCCCCUUUGCUGACUUCCUGACCAGUUCCUGUGUAAGAGAGAAAUGGUCAGUGAGCCUCAAAUCAGAAGGGACAGAGCCCAAGGGAUGCUGGGGGAAAGGAGCCCCUCAGCUGUUAAUGUGGGAGAAAGCCAGCCCAGGAAGGCGGGACUUGGGUGUCGGGGCCUGGAUUCAAAUCCUGCCUCCGACAUCUGGCAGCCAUGUGUCCCCAGGAGGGUCACCCGGCAACCACAGGUCACCUCGUGGCUGCGCGUCCCCAGGCAGGUCACCUGGCGGCCAUAGAUCCCCAGGCGGGUCAUCUUCAGUCCACCCUCCACUCCGCUGCCAAAUGGAUCGUCCAUAGAUAGAUAAGACCUCUGUCACCCCGCUCCCUGAGGAACGGCCAGGAGGUGAGCUCGGGGACAGAGGGGGGCUUCUGAAGCCCUCGCCCACCUUUCCAGUCUUGUGGUAACUAAUCCCCUCCACUCCUCCUUCAGCCUAAUAGCUGUUCCCAGUACAGCCUCUCCAGUGCCUCCCUCAGGGCCUUUGCCCAGGCUGUGCCUCCUGCCUGCACUGCCCUCCCUCAUCACGCUCUCCCCUUAGAGUCCCCUGGCUUUCUCCCCGUCAUAGCUCAUGUAGCCAGCUCCCAUGUGAGCCUUCCUAAAUUCCGUACCACUGUGCCCCCGCUCGUAAAGUCACCCCGUGUUACUUUGUAUUUCUUUAUCCAUGUCCCUGGCGUCUCCAUCUCUCCAUGCAGGCAGCGGUUGUUUGAGGAUUGCCUCUGAAUCCCUAGUCCCCAGCAAGGUGUCUUGUGCAUUAAAUUAAACACUUAAAAGCUCGGUGAAUUAAAUUAAGUAACACAAGUGGUGGUGUCCCCAUUUUACAGACGGGGAAGUGGAAGCUCAAGGGUCAGUUGACUGCUUUAUCCAGUUCCCCACCUCAGGUGUCUGACAUGAAAUGCAGGCCCCGGUUUCCUUGCAGUUCCUGUGCACACGCUGCUUGUAAAUGGGGCGGGAGCGCGUCCUUUUAAAGGGCUUUCCGAGCUCUGAUCCUUCUAUCGGGUCCGGCCCCCUGGGUGACAUUCCCCGUAACUGGAGACGACAUCCAGGUUUCUGGGGAAGCUUCCAGGAAGGAUCCCAGCCCUGCUGCAGGAAGGGACUUGAGAGCCGGCUCUUUCAUCAGCCCACGGUCCCCUGGGAAAUUUCCCCAGGCCUUCAGGAAGACUCGGGCUCAGGAAUGUCCCCUUGUGGCUCCGCUCACUGAGGAACGGCCAGGAGGCGAGCUUGGGGAUGGAGGGGGGUCUCUGGGCUCAGCAAGGGGAGAGGACCCGGGGCCAGAACCCAAAGCUGCAGGACUUCCACUAGGAAAGUGUCACUGAGCUUUGGGCUGCCUCGUGAGUUUAUACAGUCACAUACAUGGUACAGUAUCACACAUACACACAAAAAUAGUCACUCAUAUACUCACAGUCACACACACAC